AAGGUGAACGGAAGUGGAGUUUGAGACAGCUUACCACCCAUCCAUCAAUCAUCUUCCUCUAACAGGCUCCAACACAAUAUCAUAACCUUUGACUCUGUCUCGUAGGUUACCUUUUCCCUACUUUCUACGAAUUAACUCUAGAUCCAGAUUCCAUUUUCUCUAAAUCUCCACAUAUAUUCUUGUUUGAUGUGAGAAGCAGUUGGAUGAGAAGAAGAAAUUUGAUUGUUUGAUGGGCAAUACAUGCCGUGGAUCUUUCAGGAGCGAACAAUUUCAGGGCUACAAUCAGCCCGAAGACAAGCGCAACAACCCAUCAUCCGACCACUCCAAUUCUUCUGAAAACAGCUCGAACUCUCAGCUCCUCGUGGCUCAAGAUUUUUCCAAAGACCAUCAGCCAAAACAGAGUCCCAAGAUCAUGAAUCGCGGCACUACAAAUCAACCUUAUUUCGUAUUGGGUCACAGGACUGCCAAUAUCCGUGAUCUUUACACGCUUGGCCGUAAAUUAGGGCAAGGCCAAUUUGGCAUUACUUAUUUGUGCACUGAAAUUUCCACGGGAAUCGAAUACGCCUGUAAAUCUAUAUUGAAGAGGAAGUUGAUUUCUAAGGAAGAUGUAGAUGAUGUUAGGAGGGAGAUUCAGAUAAUGCACCAUUUGGCUGGUCAUAAGCAUAUUGUCACCAUUAAAGGGGCAUAUGAGGACCCUUUAUAUGUUCACAUUGUGAUGGAGCUGUGCGCUGGGGGUGAAUUGUUUGACCGCAUUAUUCAAAGGGGACAUUACAGUGAGAGAAAAGCAGCUGAAUUGACUAAGAUUGUUGUAGGGGUUGUUGAGGCCUGUCAUUCGCUUGGGGUUAUGCAUAGAGAUCUUAAACCUGAGAAUUUCUUAUUGGUUAACAAGGACAAUGAUUUCUCUCUCAAAGCCAUUGAUUUUGGACUCUCUGUUUUCUUCAAGCCAGGUCAGAUUUUCACGGAUGUGGUUGGAAGCCCAUAUUACGUCGCACCUGAAGUGCUUUCGAAGCAUUAUGGACCAGAAGCAGACGUGUGGACUGCAGGGGUCAUACUUUAUAUAUUGCUAAGUGGUGUGCCGCCUUUUUGGGCUGAAACACAACAAGGAAUAUUUGAUGCUGUUUUGAUGGGACACAUUGAUUUCGAUUCAGACCCGUGGCCAUUAAUAUCAGAGAGUGCAAAGGAUCUUAUUAGGAAGAUGUUAUGCAUGCGACCUUCAGAGCGGUUGACUGCUCAUGAAGUAUUAUGUCAUCCUUGGAUUUCUGAAAAUGGUGUUGCACCUGACAGAGCACUGGAUCCAGCUGUACUUUCUCGUCUUAAACAGUUUUCUGCUAUGAAUAAGUUGAAGAAGAUGGCUUUGCGGGUAUGUAAUGAGCACCAGCAUGAACUUGCCUGCAAUUGCCAUACUCCUGCCCUUCAUGAUUUACAUGAUUUAGCAUCUUCCAUCUCUUUCAAUCAAUGCUUGGCUAUCAUCAACUUAGGAUUCUCUUAUGUUUGCUGUUCUUAUGCUCUCAAUCAAAUUUUGAAGCAAUCACAGUGGCUGAACUAUUGCUGUGAUUUGCAGGCUGAUGUAGACAAUAGUGGAACAAUUGACUAUGGAGAAUUUGUUGCAGCAACGAUUCACCUGAACAAACUAGAACGCGAGGAACAUCUUAUGGCAGCUUUCCAAUAUUUCGACAAGGAUGGAAGUGGUUAUAUUACAAUUGAUGAACUCCAGCAAGCUUGUGUAGAACAUGGCAUGACGGAUGUCCUCCUUGAAGAUGUUAUUAAAGAAGUGGAUCAAGAUAAUGAUGGAAGGAUCGAUUAUGGAGAAUUUGUUGCAAUGAUGCAAAAAGGCAAUGCUGGUAUUGGAAGACGAACAAUGAGAAACAGCGUAAAUAUAAGCAUGAGGGAUGCUCCAGGAGCUCUUUAGUUUUUUAAACUAGACACAUCACUUACAGGUAGUUCCAGCUUCAUUUUCUAGUUUAACAUCCUUCUCCAGUCCCCUUGUAAGGGCUUAAAGUGUGUGAGGAUAUCCUCUCUAAGUAAACAAUAACUCUAUAUAUGAAUCUCAAGUUCUCAUUAAAAUCUAUUUAUAAUUGUAUUGUUCA